GGCAGGGGUAUUUUUGUCCAUUUUUUGAAUUUAUGUCCUUCGCUCGUUAUUCCUUUUUUGUUUAUCCUUGGCCGAGCUGGAAUUGGAUUCAUGAGAGAGAAUGAGAAGUAAACAGAGCAAUCGAGAGUUUUUCUCCGAAGGAUCUGUCGAUGGCGAGAAGGUUGGUGGAGGACGCGAUUCUUAGCUUAAUCGGCAGCGGAUUUGCGAGUUAUAGUUGUUAGAAGGUCUGUGGAGGACGCGAUUCUUCUUCUUCUUCUUGCUCGAGGUUUUGGCUCGAUUUGUUUGUGUUGAAGUUUCUGCUGGCCGUUGUUUGGUCUCCGUCGAGGAAUUUUUUGAAUCUUCUUUGUUGACUGAGCUUUUUUAGUGCAAUGAGUGAUCUCAAUCAAGGCGCCAUUGUUUCUUUGAAUGAAUCUAAUACUGGAUCUAGUUCUUCUAAUAGUAUUGUUGAAUCGGAAGGUUUUGAUGGUAUUGAUCCUAAUGUUCGAAGUUCCUGGAACAAUCUUGAGUUCGCUACAACUGAUGAUGCAUAUAGAUUUUAUGUGGAUUAUGGGAAUUAUAAAGGUUUUUGUGUGAGGAUUUACCAUCAGUCGGCAUGUCCGAAGCUUAAUAAUGGUUCAAAUGCGGUUUAUUAUAUCAAGUAUUGUUGCAAUAAGGAAGGCUGGAGGAUUGGUAGUGAGAAUAAUCCUGCUAAUCGUGGUUCUAUUGAUGCGAAGGCUCGUGUUCGUCAUGUUCCAGAAAUCAGGGGUGGAUGUGAUGGUGCCUAUAUUCGAAUUAGGUGGUUUAAGCAGUUCAAUUGUUACAAGAUUUAUAAGUGGUAUGAUGUGCAUAACCAUGACAUG